GUAGCACACGACGGUCCGGUCUACAGCCUGGUUUCCAACAGCCGGCAGCUGAUAAGCUCCGGCACUGGAGACAUCAAAGGAUGGAAUUGGAAUGAUCUCAUUAAAAAGGGAUGCAAAGAGGCUUGGAACCGUCGACCUGCGUUUGGAACUCGCUUGGACAUCCCUGAAAUCAACAGUCUGGUGCUGAACCAGAAGGAUAACAGCCUGCUGAUGGCCUGUGGGGACAACACUGUUCAGGUGAUGGAUCUGGAGAACGGGGUUUUUACGCAAACACUGAACGGUCACCAAGACUAUGUGCACUGCGUCGCACUGAGGGACCAGCACAGGGAGUGUGUCUCGGGGAGCGAGGACGGCACAGUCAGGCUAUGGGAUCUCCGCACGGCGACUCAGGUCCAGGCGAUUGAGGUCUACAAAUACGAGGAGUGCACGAGACCCCAGCGCGGGAAGUGGAUCGCGUGCCUGUGCACGGACUCCAAUUGGCUGGUGUGUGGUGGAGGUCCUGCCCUCUCCCUCUGGCACCUGCGCUCCGUCACACCGACCACGGUGUACCCUCUCCAGGGCAGCCAGCUCCAGGCGAUGUUCUACCAGGACCUGAUCCUGACCGCGGGAGACGGGCCAGUUAUCAGUCACUGUCAGGUCAGCGGGGAUGUGAAGACGGAGGUUCCUUGCACGCCUGCUUCGGUCUACUCCCUUCGCAUCAACGAACGUUCCCAGGAGCACAAGGUCCUUACAGCAGCUGGGAGCAGCAACAAGAUUGAUGUCUUCACCAAUUUUGGAUACAGAGCUUUCUCGUUGCGAUUCACUUGAGGGGCACGUCAUUUUCUGCACAUUUCCCCCUCAUAGCUGUGGUCCCAUAAUCGAGUCCCACCCCACCAUCUCUCUGUCUCACACACUCGCGCUCUCUCUCUCUCUCCACACCUCUGUUUAUCAGUCUCUGUGUGUGUGUAUGUGUGCACACGUGUGUCUCUCUCC